AUGGCUAUUCAGUUCUUAAAUAGAAUAGUGAAGGUCAGGUUCUCCAAACACCCAGAGAAGAAAAAUAAAUGGAUAGCUUCCAUCAGAAUAGGAUUAAAUGAUCCCAAUUGGAAUCCAUCUUUAGAUGCCCGGGUGUGCAGUGACCAUUUCAGUGAUGAGGAUUUCAAUACAAUAGGGCCUAAUUUUAAAAGAAAAACUCUAAAGGAAAUAGCUAUCCCAUGUUUUAUAGACCACAAAUACAGCACAACUCCCGCCCUGCUCAUUACGAAGUAUAAAAAAGCGCAGGUGAGGCUUAUGGAAGCAAAUAUGAAGUACAAAAAUUCGGUGAAAAGGGAACUUCGAUUGAGUAAGAAAUAUAACUUAUUGCUAGAAAAGGUUGAAGAAUUGAAGUCACUGAAUCAGGAGUUGACAGAUAAACUGACGAGAUUUGAUAAUAAAUUUUUGGAUUUGUUCAAGACCGAAAGGAAGUUUAAUUUAGACCAGAAAUUGUUUGCCACAACUCUCCACAUGUACAGCCCAAAAGCCUAUGAUUUUCUUCGAAGCAACGGCCUCCACCUUCCUCAUUCUAGAACACUGCGAAAAUUCCGUUCAUCUCUCCGAAUGCAAAUUGAUCAUGAAAAUAAUGAUAAUAAUGAUGAUGAUAAUGACGGUAAUGAUGAUAAUAAUGAUGAUAAUAAUAAUGGUAAUGAUGAUUCAGACGAGAUGCUUCAAGAGCCAGCGUGA